CCCCCUGUCUCCCUAAUGGGUGGAGCACUUUGCCCUGUGAUACCCGGCAGCAGGCAAAGCUGAAGUAGUCCCACGCUGAAGGAGGAUAAAACAGUCUGCACCCGUGCUGAUCGCAUACAACCGGAAGCUUGUGAGCGGAAAACCGGGAUGGUAGCAGAGGAGAUUGUGGUCUCGCUGUCAGGUGGAGCACCGUGGGGCUUCAGACUGCAGGGAGCAGAGCAACACAAACCAAUACAGGUGGCCAAGGUGCGCAGGCGCAGCAAAGCGUGCAGAGCCGGCCUGAAAGAGCAGGAUGAGCUGGUUACCAUCAACGACCAAACGUGUGCAGAUCUGAGUCACGCUCAAGCCAUGAGCCUCAUAGAUACACAGAGCGCAACACUCAGCCUGAGGGUCAGGAGAGCCUCCUCUGGAGUCCACUCUUCAUCUUACUGCGCAUCACCCCGCUCCCUGGAUAGGGUCCUGUCUCCCCCUGUGGCCUCCUUGCCCUCCCAUUGCUCCUCCACCAUGUCUAACACAGAGGUGCUCGGGGGCAUCACCUCACCGCCGGAUAGCGAGGCUUACGAUGGGGAGACAGACAGCGACGCAGACACACAGGCACACACACACCGACGAUACCGACGCACCCCUCCUCAUGCACGCUCCCCCGCGCGCUAUGACAACCACGAUGAAGAGACUUCAGAGAUGAGCGGGUAUGAGAGUGCCACAGAUGCAGCUGCAUCCAUGCAGGAGCAGUGGAACCAGCAGUAUCCUUCUGGCAUCCAGCAAAGAGAGUUCAUCUAUCAGCCCCGGAAGACAGAGUGGACCACCUCAACGUACUCUCCAACCCCUUACAUGUUCACCCCACCAUCUGAUCAGGGUUUGGUGGAAAGGGAAGGAGAGGGUGACAGUGGCUUCCAGGAGGCCGGGGGCUGCAUAGAGCUGACUUGCCCACCGUUGGUGUCUCCUGAACGGGCCAAAGAGGCUUUGUUGCUGGGAUCUGGUAAACAGCUGGUACCCAUGGUGGGACCGCAGCAGAACCCUGUCAGCGAUGAGCUCUCCACCACCUACAGAGACAAGGCUAGGCAAGCAAAGUUGCAGCGUGGGGAGAGUUUGGUGGAGAAGCAGGUGAAGGAGGCUCGUACUAAAUGCCGUUCUAUUGCUUCGUUGCUGACAGAUGCUCCCAACCCCAACUCUAAAGGGGUGCUUAUGUUCAAGAAACGUCGGCAGAGGGCUAAGAAAUACACACUGACGUGCUUUGGCAAAGCUGAGGGAGACAGAGGAGGGGAGACAGGAGGAGAAACAGAGGAGGAAGGAGGGAGUUUGAUCCUAAGUGGCUCAGAAGUUGAUGAACCAGGAUACUCAUCCUCAUUUGACUCUACUUGGGAUACAGGCUAUCUAGACAUUCUGGACAGCAAAAGCUCUGCUUGCCCGUCAAGUACACCAACAGCACCAAAAAGAAUUCACAGCCCACAACUGGACAUCUCAGUCCAUCACCCUCCAGAAGGUGAGGCCACUACAAAUCAAAGCCCAGGGUUGGAAAGGUCAGUUAAUCAAGACUCAAGACUAGAGAGCAGCAUUACAACACAGCCAGUCAGUGUCACUCCAAAAUCUGUGAACAUGUCUCCACCCGCUGUAGCUCUCACCAAUGGGGGAUCAGUAGCUGUUAGUCGGGCGAGUGUAUUCCUAAGUGUGCCCACUCAAGCACCUCUUUCAGAACAAAAUGGACACCACGCAAAUCCCAACACAACCCCAAAUAUGGAUUCAGACCAUAAUCUCGUGACCAUUCAGAGUUCUAAUCCAGGGAAUGUGUUGAACCGUACUGCACGUCCCUUCACUCAAAGCACUGGCACUUCUCAAGCAUCUGUAACCUCUGUCAUGUUUCACCCUCCUCAGCCAAAGUCCGCUGUACCCACAGUAACAAAACCAAUGGCAGCCAAUGCCUCAGUGACCAUCUCCCCAACUCACCACCUAUUAGGCCCAGAUGCAAAGAGAGCUGUGUCCAGUACCUCUCUUUACAUCCCUCCAAGAAACAGUAACAACUCAUCUGUUCUCACUACCCCGUCUACUCUUUCACCUCCUACCCCUUUGUCUUCUGCACAUCUUUCCAAACCUCAGAAACUUUCUCCUCAGACCUCAGUGCAUGCUUCCCCCUUCUCUCCUUCAUCUACUCCAUUCUCUCCCUCCACUCCUCAAGGUUCACCAGCUUGUCCAUCAUCUGCUCAGCCUUUUUCUUCUUCAGCACCACAGACUCAAACAUUUCCGUCUUUUCCUGGAUCUACCUAUCCACCUCCAACUGGCACGUUUACUCCUAAUAUGCCAUCAUCACAGCCUCCUACUCUGACCAAGGUCUCUAUCCAUGCCCAGCCCACUGCUCCCUCUUCUAUCCCACUAACUCCAGAGCAUCUAUCUCCAUCUGUCCAUCCUUGCAUCAACACAGCAAGCGCUGUGACUUCAGGAACCGAUGCCACUAUAGCAACCGCACCAUCUUUUCAAGCCUCUGCUACUGAUUCAGUGGCAACACGGGAGCAGCGGAUCUCAGUCCCUGCUGCUCGCACUGGAAUCCUGCAUGAUGCCCGUAGACGUGGUAACAAGAAGCCAAUGUUCAGCUCUGUGCAGAACAGGGAUGUUUCCCCAAACCCACAUUUGCUGACCAUGGUUCAGAACAUGGAUGACCACUUUGGAAGAAGUCCAAAUGCUAUUGGGCUUCAAGAAACUGGAGCUGGACCCUCUGCAGAAGCUGGGCAUGAGUACGGACCUGAUGAGGACUGGCUGAGACUGGGGGCUGAGGCCUGUAACUUCAUGCAGGCUCAGCGGGGAUCCAAACCACCUUCUAUAGCUCCCAAACCACAGGCCCCGCAGGUGCCACAGCUGGCUGGGAAGGGAGGCCAGCUGUUUGCCCGCAGGCAGAACAGAAUGGAUCGUUACAUAGUAGAGCGAUCGCCUUCUGUUGCUGCAGCGCCAUACUCACCGGCCCAGACAAGGGAGCCCUCACCUACACCUUCCCUUCCUGCCACCUGGAAGUACUCACCUAACAUCCGUGCUCCACCUCCUAUCAGCUAUAACCCACUUCUUUCACCCUCUUGCCCUCCUAAGGCCCAGAAGAAGGCUGAGGUGAUAGUGUUUAAACCAGGUGGAUCUAAACCAGGAAGACAUAAAGCAGGAGUCAAACCUGUGGACAUUUCAGGCCACCAGCCUUACCAGCUCAACUCUUCAUUGUUCACCUAUGGGGGCGGGGCUCCACAGCACGCCACUCCCAAUCAGCAGCACCAACAAAUGACAGGUACUUCUCAAAAGCCAAUGAAGACAGCACGAGUCCAUGAGGUGAAGCGCUUCUCCACUCCUCCUCCGACAGCCACAGGACCUGCGCUCAAAGUUAUCGCACCGCGAUCGGCCACCACAUUAGGAGAACCACUGUGGCAAUCUAAUAUUUCAUCUCCGCCACCCACAACUGCUUUCGCUGCCUACCAGCCCUACCAGCUCGAACCCCAAAUGGCUCAUUGCCCUCCGCAGCCUCAGUGGGCCUCCUCCUCGUUGUCUCCCCCACUGCCCCCUGCUCCUAAUGCACCUCUCCCUCAACUCCCCACCUUCUCCUCUACAUCUGCACCAAAUCCAGACCAGUCCCCUUCAUUCUCCCACCUGCAGCACCCCAAUACUGCGCAGGCUAACAGGCAGUUUAAGAGUGCACCAGAUUUGAGUCCUUUCAGCCCCACCGAUGCUUCCAGGCUGGCAUCCGUCAGCAUUCAACCUACCCGGGUCCCCAGACCUCGGUUCAGUACCUCCAACAUGGGUCUGCAGCCUUGUGUCUGGCGCCCUGGAGCUUCUACGCACUGAAUGGCUAAAAGUCUGGAUGUAUUAAGGUCAGGCUUUACGGGAACAUAGAGCAGCCUUUUUAAAUAGGCACACGUGUUUUCAGUGUUUGCAAUAUUCAGUCAGUUUUUACCAGCCAUAAUGUUUCACCACAAGAUUAAGUUUGGCAGCUACCUACGUUUUUAAUCACUUCCCAGUAAUCUUGUUGACUUGUGCUCAUUUGUCCAACACAUUUGGUUAUAAUUAAAAGGAUUGUCGUGUUCUGCAAAAGGAAGUGCAGUUUGGAAAAAAAACUGAAGGAAAAGUGAGGACAGAAGUGUUGAUGAUGAAUAAGACUGAAAAUGGAUGGAAACUGAAGUGAAACUGUUAUGAAUAAAGUGGUAGAAGAAGAGAAAUGUGAGAGUGACCAGGCCACGUGAGAGCGAUAUGGAAAAGAUGAAAAAGAGUGUUUUACUAAGGAGGGUAUCCUGUCUGUUAUGUGGACUGUAAUCAAGGAUUUGUUGUUGAUUAUUCAGUGUGUCUUUUUGUGGAGUUGCACUCUGCACACUGUAGUUGUGUGUUUUCUUUCUUUUUGUUGGAGUUUUUCAUCAUGUUUAUGUUUGUAGAAGGGAUGGCCUACAUGAAAUUUAAGAUGUAUAAUAUGUCUAACUGUGAUUCUUCUCCACAGAGGCAUUUGGCUGAAUAAAAAUAGACAUGACUCAUCUCA